UUUGUAACGGAACUCCGACGACAACCUGAAGUCACAGGGCAUCACUCAGGAUGUGAGGAUGACUUCAAACCUGCUUCUAUUGAUACCUCUUGUGAAGGAGAUCUUGAGGUUGGCAAAGGUGAACAGGUGACAAUAACUCUUCCAAAUAUAGAAGGUUCAACUCCACCAGUCACAGUUUUCAAAGGUUCCAAGAGACCUUACUUAAAAGAAUGCAUUUUGAUUAUUAACCAUGAUACUGGGGAAUGCCGCCUAGAAAAACUCAGCAGCAACAUCACUGUGAAAAAAACAAGAGUUGAAGGAAGUAGCAAAAUCCAGUACAGACUAGAACAACAGCAACAGCAAAUGUGGAAUCCGCCUAGGACUUCCAACCUUGUACAGCAUUCUCCAUCAGAAGACAAGAUGUCUCCAACGUCUCUAAUGGAUGAUAUUGAAAGAGAACUGAAGGCAGAAGCUAGCCUUAUGGACCAGAUGAGUAGUUGUGAUAGUUCAUCCGACUCCAAGAGUUCUUCAUCUUCAAGUAGUGAGGAUAGUUCUAGUGAUUCUGAAGAUGAUGUCCAAUCUUCUCCUCCGGGUCCAAGGAAAUAUAGCUUGGAGCACCCUAGCAUGUCUGCCGGGCCACAGUACAGGACUUCAGAUGCUGAUCCUACUUGUAAUAGACUUCAUGACAACAGUACCUUUCUGAUGAGUACUUUACGAAGUGAUUUGCAGCUGAGUGAUUCUGGAAGUGACAGUGAGGACUGAAGCAAUAUCAAGCUAUAAAGAAAACAUUUGUUAAUAUGUGUGAGAAUCUGUUUUGUAUUAAGAAUAAAUAUUCCUAUGUUUAUGGAAAAUAUGCAACUUUUGCUGAAAAAAAUAAAGUUGGUUCAGAAUUUUCAACUAUUUGUUGGUAUUCUCUCUCAUGAGGCAUCUUUGUUUACUCCUAACAAAACAUUAUCACAUUUGAUAGUUGAAAAAACAGAUUCAGAUGAUUAGGGAACUUGCCCCAGUUAUUGUUAAUGAACAAGCUGUAGAUCAAGUAUUCCAGAGUCUCUGUCCACUGUUCUGUUUUACCACAUUGUUGUCCCAAAUUGUGAAAUGCUAAAAUAAUUGAUUUAUAGUAAGGGUUUGUGGUUUUCAUUAGAGUUGUGUCUUUCCUGUCUGAUAUUUCUUAAGUUAUGACUGAACAUACUUUAAUUCUUGCAAAAUUUAUAUAAAACUGAAGUUAAAUAAUUAUCCUAAUAGAUGUUUUGUGAACACUUAUAAUG